AUGCAGCAGCAGCAGCAGCAGCAGCACGUACCCUUAGGUGGGCCUGUAGGCCUUCCAUGCCCUACUGUUGCUGCUGCAGAUCUGAGCAGCAGCAGCAGCAGCGGUGUGCUGCCGGCGGUAGCCCCGGGGGGGCCCACAGCAGCCGGUGCCGUAGGAGCAGCAGCAGCAGUUGCUGCUGCUGCCGCAACAGGAGUACCCCCUUACAAGAGCAGCGGGCUUCCUUGCAUAGGAGAUGGGGGCCUCGGGCUGGAGUCUGGCAGCAGCAGCAGCGGCAGCAGCAGCAGCAGCAGCAGCAGCAAACCGUCUAAUGAAACCUUGGGUGUUGCUGCACAGCUAGGGCCUGCUGCAGCAGACGGAGGGAGUUCACCGGGUGCAGCAGCAGCAGCAGCAGCAGGCGGGUUGGGAGGUGCAUCUUGCUGCCUUGCUGCAGCAGGAGGAGACAACGGAGACAGAGAUGAUGGGGGGCUGCUUCCUGAAUCUCUGUUUGACCCUGCUGCAGCAAACAGCCCUUCUGCUGCUUCCGACCUGCAGCAAGGCUCGCAGCUCUCAGCUUUUAUAUCUCACGGAUACAGUGUAACACCUGCUGCUACUUCUCCUGUUGCUGCAGGGGGGUCUUUUGCUGCUGCUGCUGCUGCAUCAGAGGGACUCUUCGGCCUCCGAGAGGGACAGCUCUUCCUGCUGCAGCAGCAGCAGCAGCUGCAGCAGCAACUUGCUGCCACCAACAGCCCACCGCAGCAGCAGCCCCAGCCCUUUAUGCCCGCUGCACCUCCUGUUCCCUCUGCUGCUGCUGCUCCUGCUCCUGCUUCAGCAGCAGGAAGGAGAGCAGCAGCAAAGAAGGCUUCGCCUCAAACCUCUUCUUUAGCAGCGAGAAUGGUUGGUGCUGAAGCUGCGCGGCGUACGAACAGUGCUGCUGCUGCAGCGCGUCCUGCUGCUGCUGCUGCAGCAACUACACCAGCAGCAGGAGCUGCUGCUGCUGCAGGCGCUGUCGGCGGAACCUCCUUUCCUAGCAGCACACGCCAGCAUCAGCGACGCGGAGCAGCAGCAGCAGCAGCAGCAGCAGCAGGGGAGGCUAUGGAGCAAGAUGAAGAAGCAGGGAGCGCAGCAGAAGACGAGGAGACAGGAGACAGUUCGUGUGGGGUAGGCAACAGCAGCUCGGGCACCGGCGCAGGGUCCUCAACAGCAGCAGCAGCACAACAGCAGCAGCAGCAGCAGCAGCAGCGAUUCCGUGGCUGCCGUGCUGCAGCAAAGAGCAGCGUGAAGGUGAAUAGACUAAGCUCUCUGAGGAGACGAAAGGAAAGGAGACAGUGGAUAGACGGGCGUGGGGUGUCUCCUCGUUCAGCAGCAGCAAGAGCAGCAGCAGGAGGAGCAGCAGAAGACGGCGUAGCGGGUGGCUCUAGCAGCACAACUAGCAGCAGCAGCAGCAGCAGCAGCAGCGGGUCUGCUGCACACCUACCGUCGUUUGCCUAUCAACGCAGCAGCUUGUCUCUUCGUCUAGGAGAGUUAAUAAGAAAUACAAUGAAAGAGCAGCAUAAAAUAAUCUGGCUAGAGAGAGGAGACUCAAAGGCUCUGCUGCCUCUGCCUGGCCUGCAAGAAGAAGGGGUUUAUAUUGUGUGGACAGACAAAGGCUUAGAUGUCUUGGUUGAAAUUCACCAUUUACUACCUUCUUGUCUUUGUCCUGUCCCUUCUGGGACGCGAGAGAGAUUUAGUAUGAAGCCGUUUUUGCUGCUUUCUUCGACAUCUUUAUCUUCUUUAUUUCACGGGGUGUUAAGAAGACAAGGAGUAAUAGUUUAUUCAAAGCCUAAGCUUGUCUCUGUACGGCCCUAUACAGUAGGAAAGAAAACAAAAGCAGCAUUAGCCCUAUCACUACCAGAGACAGAGCAGCAGCAGCAGCAGCAGCAGUUUAGCUGCAGUCCACAGUCUGCUGCUGGGGAUGCGCAGCAGCAACACGGAGAUAGCAGCAGCAGUAAUAACAACAACAGCAACAGCCGCAGCAGCGGCAGCAACAGCCCCAGCAGCCAACCUCAAGGAGACAGUCCAGCAGCAGCAGCAGCAGCAGCAGCAUCUCCUCGAGGUUCUCCGUCUCUUCUCUCUGGAGACAAUAGAAGAGGCAGAGGCGGAGCUCAUCGGAGUGUAUCUUCAGGUGUAGGUAUGCAGCAGCUGUAUAUAACAAAGCGAGGAAAGAUACUAGGAGAAGAUUAUGUCUUUUAUAGAAGCAGGACAUGCGGGGAUGAAGGAGCAGCAACAUAUAAACUGUCUGUUGCAGUAAAGAGACAGCCGAAGCCUUGUGCUAGCCAUCACUUUAUAUUUGAUAUACCUCCAAAGCACCUGCAGCAGCAAGAAUCUGCUGCUGCUGCUGCAGCAGCAGCAGAUUCAGCAGCAAGUGCAGCAGCAGAUUCACAAGACCCCACAGGAGACAGUUCUUCGCCUGGCUCAUCUGCUGCUGGCACAUGCGACCCAUCAGCAGCAGCAGCAGCAGCAGCAGCGGAGCUGCAGCCUCUGGCUGCGGAAGCAGAAGCUCUUCAGCGUCUUGAGCAAGAGAAGAAGAAAUAUAUAAUUGAGAGAGACAGAGGAGGCUGGAGAGGAUGGAUAUAUGCUGAAGACAACUGCGACUUAAGCGGCUUUGACGCUGUGCUUCAGCUUCCUGCUGCACUUGCUAGCGAAAUCCGCGUCUUACUCGGGCUGCAGCCCUCUAUUAUGGCUCAUAGAUGCAAAAUUGUCUCCUCUCUGCAGCGGCGCUGUCGCUUCUUUGUAUUAGGAGCAGAAGGAGAUGAGCGAAUUGCGGAGGUUAGGCCUUUCGGUAGUCAUAAGAAAGCAGCAGAUGAUUCAUGGGCUGCAUAUAGACAGCAGCAAAUCAAAAGUGCUGCUGCUGCUGCUGCAGCUGCUGCAGCAGCUGCAGCAGCAACAGCAACAGAUGGUACCCACAGAAAUAAAACUGUUAAAGAAGAAACUGAUACUUCUUCUGAGCAACAGCAACAAGAACAGCAGCAAGAACAGCAGCAAGAGCAGCAGCAAGAAGAUAUUGGUGGACGGACGCGUGGGGGAGCGAAGAGAGCAGCAGCAGCAGCUGCUGCUGCUGCUGCUGAUGAGGCACACAGCCCCCAGCAACAGCAGCAGCAGCAGAGGCAGCGACGUGGACGUGGCUGUCGAAAAGGAGACAGUGUAGAGGGAUCGGCUGCUGCAGCAAAAGGAGAGGAGAAAGGAGCAGCAGCAGCAACAGCAGCAGAAGCAGAAGAAGCAGCAGCAGCAGAAGCAGCAGCAGCAGAUGAAACAACCACCGCCACAGGAGAGGGUGAGGGUGCAGCAUUUGAAUCAAGAGCAGAAGGAGACAAGGAGACAGCAAAUGCUGCUGCUGCAGCAGCAGCAGCAGCAACAGCAGCAGGAGAGCAUCAAGACGAAGACAUAGAAAGUAAAACCGAAGCAACCGGCGAUGCAGCAGCAACAGCAGCAACAGCAGCAGGAGGAGGAGAUACGGAGGGAGCGGGCGAAGAAGAAUGCGGUGAAGACGCAGCAGGAGGAGCAGCAGCAACAGGAGGAGGAGCAGCAGCAGGAACAGCAGCAGCAGGAGCAGCAGCAGGAGGCGAUGAAGAGGAGGAGGAGUAUGUGUGCUUGUCGCAGUUAUCCGCAGAUUCGAUGUAUGCUGCUGAUGCUUCUUCGCUCUUCUGCUCGCAGCAGCUGCCUCCAGGCUGUAGAGUAGAGAUAGAGUUUCCUACAGAGUUUCACGCCUUCAUGGAGAUAGAUAGGAUUAGGAUUGCAUCGAAGCGAGAGCUCCAGCAUGCACUCGCUAAACUCAAACUCUAUGCAGAACAACUCAACAGACCUUUAGAUUUCUCAGCAAUAAAUUUAGCACAGAAUGCGACAAACUUAUACUGGAACUUAAGCCGUUAUGAUGCUGGGGGCUGUGUAGAAGAAGCAUUAAUAUCUUUAUGCGGGUCUAUGAUAAAGAGAAGACGCGUAUGCAGCAGCAGCAGCAGCAGCGCAGCAGCAGCAGCAGCAGCAGCAGCAGCAGAAGAACGCAAUCUGAAGAGAGGAAGAGCAAGUAAUAAUGCAGCUAAUAGAGAUCUUAAAAGACAACAAGAAGCUGCACGGUUCUACGAGUUUAUUGCUGCUGAAUUCUAUAAAAGAAGCUUGAGGUUAAAACAAAGAAAAGAACAGCUCAAGGAGACUGUUAAUGAACACAAAAAGACACGUAUCCCUUCCUAUCUAGAAGGAGACGAUAAAUCUCUCAUUGAUGCAUUCAUCGAUAGAGAGACGGGUCUUAUCAAGCGUCCGCUGUCUCUGCUGUCUCCUUCUCAAAGGCGUAUUGUUUACCUGCACUGUCUGCAGCACAAUGUACACGCGAAUAUUCAGAUUAAGAAGAUCGCUGGGAAGGGUAGAGCUGUCUUAGCAGCAGAUUUAAUCAGGAAGGAUGACUUCGUUAUUGGUUAG